AUGAUUGAUCAAAGGACUUACAACAAACUUCAUCCUAACUCGGCAACAUUUUUAUUCAGCAAAGAUCCAAUUCUGCCGUAUGAUGAGUAUCCCUUAGAGAUUGAGCUUGACGCUGAUCUCCCCGAUCUCGACUACAUGCUGUGUCCUCACAUUGUCCAAGGGUUUUUCUUGAAAGAAAAGCAUUGGGUAAGUUUGUAUGUCCGGAAAGUGGAGCCAGUGAAUUGGAACAAAGAGGCUUUUGACCGUUUGGUGCUUCCUCCCAAAACCAAAGAAUUAAUCAAAGCACUGCUUUUGACAAAUGAGGGGAGAGUCUCGGACCCAGUUGGAGUAUGUGGUGGGAAGCGUCAAGAUCUCAUUGCCGGAAAAGGCACUGGCCUCAUCGUACUUCUACAUGGUGGACCUGGAACUGGGAAGACGUUGACUGCGGAGAGUGUUGCUGAACUGGCAGAAAAGCCUUUAUAUAGUGUGACAUGUGGCGACAUUGGCACAGAACCCGAUGCGGUUGAGUCCUAUCUCAGAAGGGUUUUGUACUUUGGCAAGACUUGGAACUGUGUUCUGCUAUUGGAUGAAGCCGACGUGUUUCUUGAGGAACGAGGACUCCAAGAUCUGAAGAGAAACAGCUUAGUGUCUAUCUUCCUUCGGAUUCUGGAAUACUACAGUGGAAUCUUAAUUCUCACCAGUAACCGCGUUGGCACUUUUGACGAAGCUUUCAGAUCGCGCAUUCAACUCGCACUCCGGUAUCCAGAUCCAGACCCCCCUUUCCGGAAGAAGAUCUGGAGGAAUUUCUUCGAUAUGCUGGAAGCAGACGAAGAAGAUGCAGAUCUUGAUGAGCUGAAGGAACACAUUGAAGAGCUGUCGGACCUAGAUAUGAAUGGGAGAGAAAUAAGAAAUGCACUGACAACGGCUCGUCAGCUUGCAUUGUAUAAAAAGAAGACAUUAGGGUGGGUGCAUCUGAGUCAGGCAGUGAAUGCGGCGAGGGACUUCAAUAAAUAUUUGAUGGAUGUUCAGGGCCACAGUAAUAAGGAUUGGGCACGAGAGAUUAGUUUGCGUUAA